AAGAACUGGAAUCAGAUGCUGAUUGAAACUUUCCGCCCACCUGGUGAUCUAUAUCAGCGUCACUCACCACCUCAUCUCCAUGCAGCUCCUCAUCUAUCCAAUUGCUGGAUCAAUAUGGAAGGUGGGAAGGAUCAUUCACAUGGGAAAAAGCUGAGCAUGGUAGUAGGACCAUGGGGAGGUCAUGGUGGAUCGAGUUGGGACGAUGGGAGUUACAGUGGGGUGAGAGAGAUCACAAUAGUUUACGCUGGCUGCAUCGACUCGAUCCGUGUUGUGUAUGAUAAAAAUGGCGAGCCGGUUUCUGGCGACAAACAUGGAGGCAGUGGAGGCGAUCAGACUUCAGAGAUCAAACUGCAGUACCCGGAAGAGAAGUUGAUCGGUGUGAGCGGCCACUACCAUCCUUUCGGGUUCAUCGGCACCCCUGUAAUCCGAUCACUUACGUUGAAGAGCAACCGAAGAACAUUUGGGCCAUUUGGGGUGGAAGAAGGAACACCGUUUUCUCUAACAAUGGAUGGGGGCCAGAUCGUGGGUUUCCAGGGGCGAAGCGACUUGUACUUGGAUGCAAUAGGAUUCCGGUUGUCUGGUACCGCCCCACCCACAAAAUUUCCAUGUGAGAUGUUUUGUUCCAUAUUGGGAGACGUAAAGAUAGGGGAGAUGCCUACGGAGACCAUGUCUGGAAGUGAUGGCAGGAGGAUGGCUGGUGGUGGUGCUACCGACAUUGUGAAUGGAGGUGGUAUGGCUGGAUGGUGGGAGGCAAGUGCGGCAAUGAAUUGGAAUCAGAUACUGCUUGAAACCUUCCACCUACCUGUUGGUCUAUAUCAGCACCACUCACCACCACAAGCCAAGGCCACUUCCGCAGCUGUUCUGCCCACUUGCUCCAUCAAUAUGGAAGGUGAGAAGGACCAUUCAAAUGAGAAAAAGCUGAGCAUGGUAGUAGGAGCAUGGGGAGGUGAUGGUGGAUCGAGUUGGGACGAUGGGAGUUACAGUGGGGUGAGAGGGAUCACAAUAGUUUACGAUCGCUGCAUCGACUGGAUCCGUGUUGUGUACGAUAAAAAUGGCAAGCCAGUUACUGGCCAAAAACAUGGAGGCGUUGGGGGCAACAAGACUGCAGAGGUCAAGCUGCAAUACCCAGAAGAGAUCUUGAUCAGUGUGAGCGGCCACUACUGUCCGGUGGUGUACGGUGGCAGCCCUGUAAUCCGAUCACUUACGUUCAAGAGCAACCGAAGAACAUUUGGGCCGUUUGGGGUUGAAGAAGGAACACCGUUUUCUCUAUCGAUGGAUGGGGGCCGGAUCGUGGGUUUCCAGGGGCGAAGCGGCUGGUACUUGGAUGCGAUAGGAUUCCAUUUGUCUCAAACACGAUCCACAAAACUAUUUGAGAAGGUUCAAAAGAAGCUUCAAAAGAUUGCAAGCAUGGCUAUCUCGGCACCUAAAGAUAGUGAAGCAACUCCUCGAAUGAAGAAGAACCAAUCAAUGAGACAGUGAAUUACCAUAGAUGUGUGUUAUCCUAUUGUAAGCUAUCUAAUGUGGUCUUAACCAAACAAGUUCUAUACUUUGGGGUUCAUCUAUUUGACCUUUUGGCUUCUGUAUGCUAUGACAAAACUUAUUCGUGAGAUCUAAUUGAUGUUUGGGAAA